AUCUAUGGCAAUAAUGGCAUAACACGUAUAUCAAAAGCCCACCUCACUAUGCCUCUUUUCAAACCUCUGGAACCUUUCAGAAAUAUCCAUAUCCAUUUCUUCAAGCUUCAAGACAAUCCUAGAAAUUACUCACUCUCCCCUUCUUCCCAUCUAUAAAUGCCCACCCCCAAUCACAUCCAUCUCUCAGACAACACACUUCACAACAUUGAAAGCAAGCAUUCAUCAUUCAUAAACACCCCAACAAAAAUAUUAAGUUACCAACCAUGUCGAUCAUUCCAAGCUUCUUUACCGGUAACGGAAGCAACAUAUUCGACCCAUUCUCCAGCGAAAUCUGGGACCCCUUCCAGGGCCUCUCAAGUGUCAUCAACAACCUCCCUGAAUCAUCUCGUGAAACAACAGCCAUAGCCAAUACCAGAAUCGACUGGAAGGAGACACCAGAGGCUCACGUGUUCAAGGCGGACCUGCCAGGUCUGAAGAAGGAGGAGGUGAAGGUGGAGGUUGAAGAAGGUAGAGUGUUGCAGAUAAGCGGAGAGAGGAGCAGAGAAAAUGUAGAGAAGAAUGACAAGUGGCAUAGGAUGGAGAGGAGCUCUGGGAAGUUUUUGAGGCGGUUUAGGUUGCCGGAGAAUGCGAAAAUGGAUCAGGUGAAGGCGGCGAUGGAGAACGGUGUGCUGACGGUCACCGUGCCGAAGGCGGAAGUGAAAAAGCCCGAGGUGAAGGCUAUUGAUAUUUCUUGAUAAAUUGGAACAAAGAACAAGUGUUACUAAACGUGUGUGAUGAUAAUAAAUAUGGGAUGUGUGAGAUGUGAGUUUGUUUGUGUGUUUUAGGCAGCAUCGGAAUCUGCCUGCUGAAACUUUGUAUUUUGUGUUGAAGCUUAAUAUAAUAUAAUUAUAUUAUUCUAAUGUAA